AUGACUCUUUGUCAGGCUUCCUUGUCGGAGAUACAGCGAGAGCAAACGCGUGAACCAAAUGCUAUUGCUGUGCCUGUGAGUCUAUCUUCCAACUACUGGCUCAACCGCAUCCAGUCCUUUCUCUACUGCAAUGAAAACGGCCUCCUGGGAAGCUUUUCUGAAGAGACUCACACAUGUACCUGCCCUAACGAUCAGGUUGCCUGCCACGGGUUCCUUCCCUGCACGGUUGGAGAUGGGUCUGCGUGCUCGAGCUGCGCUCCUGACAAUCGCACCCGCUGCGGGAGCUGCAACGCCGGCUACAUGCUGAGCCAGGGGCUUUGCAAGCCUGAAGUGGCCGAAUCAACCGAGCACUACAUUGGGUUCGAGACGGACCUUCAGGACCUGGAAAUGAAGUAUUUAUUGCAGAAGACAGACCGGAGAAUUGAGGUCCACGCCAUUUUCAUCAGCAACGACAUGCGCCUCAACAGCUGGUUUGAUCCUUCUUGGCGCAAGCGGAUGCUCCUUACGCUCAAGAGUAACAAGUACAAGUCCAGCCUGGUCCAUAUGAUACUGGGCCUCUCUCUUCAAAUUUGCCUAACUAAAAACAGCACCUUAGAGCCCGUUCUUGCUGUUUACGUCAACCCGUUUGGGGGAAGCCACUCUGAGAGCUGGUUUAUGCCUGUGAAUGAAAAUAAUUUCCCAGACUGGGAGCGGACUAAACUGGACUUACCCCUUCAGUGUUAUAACUGGACGCUGACUCUAGGCAACAAGUGGAAGACAUUUUUUGAAACUGUACACAUCUAUUUGAGGAGUCGAAUAAAGUCGAAUGGUCCAAAUGGCAAUGAAAGCAUCUACUACGAACCCCUGGAAUUUAUUGAUCCCUCAAGAAAUCUGGGCUACAUGAAAAUCAAUAACAUCCAAGUGUUUGGCUACAGCAUGCACUUUGACCCAGAAGCAAUUCGAGACUUGAUUUUGCAGCUGGACUACCCCUAUACUCAGGGAUCACAGGACUCAGCACUUUUGCAGUUGUUAGAGAUACGGGAUCGUGUAAAUAAACUCUCUCCACCUGGUCAACGUCGUCUAGAUCUCUUCUCUUGCUUGCUCCGUCAUAGACUCAAACUGUCUACCAGUGAAGUGGUGAGGAUCCAAUCUGCUUUGCAGGCCUUUAAUGCCAAAUUGCCAAACACAGUGGAUUACGACACAACCAAAUUAUGUAGUUAACCAUAAAUGUGAAGCACAACACAAAACCUUGAAGGAGUUUUUACAGUGCUUUUGUGGAACAGUUUAUGUUUGGAAGAGUAAAUUUAAAUUGUCUUUUCAAUAUCUGUCUUAUAUCAGUCAAUACUGUUGGAUGGCAAUUUACACACAUGAACUUGCUGACAAUGAAUAUAUUAUACCUGCAGUUUUGGUUUAUGAAUGAAAUAAAUACUGACACCAGUCUAGAAGACAUUCUACUUUUUACAAUAAAUUUCAUUUGUAAUUUUAUAUGUUCCGUGGCAAUGCUUUUGUGCAUUACAUCCUCUAGAGGGAACAUAGAAGGAUACCAAUAAAAUUUUGUAGCUGAACAGUUA